AUGGCACCCUCCAAAAGAUGGCUCUCACGAGAAGGGUUCACGGCUGAUGUUGUGGGCAGUUUGAUCCACCAUACCCUGCUCAGUCCUUGGAAGGUGGUGCCUUUGCUAGCCUUGGCCCAGUAUACUGUCAAGGGCCGGGAGCUGCUCGAGGCGCGCCCUCACCUUCUCAAGGCCCUAAAGGUAUUGGCCUCGCUCGCAGUCUUAAAGCGGGUCGGAGCCUGGCUCGACCGGCGCAUUGUCAACAACGGGGUGCCCGACCACUAUGACUGGAACCGGGAAGUGGUCGUCUUGACCGGGGGCAGUGGAGGCAUUGGACGACGGGUCGCCCAGAUGUUCGGCGAUCGCGGCAUCAAGGUUGCGAUUCUGGACAUUGCGCCGCCCGUCGAGGCCCUGCCCAACAGCGUGCGCUUCUAUGAGUGCGAUAUCACCUCUCCAGCAAACAUCGCCGAAGCAGCCAGCAAGAUUCGCGCCGCGUUUGGCCGCCCGACGAUCCUCAUCAACAAUGCUGGCAUUCUCACUGGCAAGACCGUCCUCGGCACCACCGAGACCAUCACCCGGCGCAUGUUCGACGUCAACACCCUUGCGCACUACUGGCUGGCCCAGGAGUUUCUGCCCGAUAUAAUUGCUGGCAACCAUGGCAUGGUGGUGACCGUUGCGUCGCAGGCGGCUUAUAUCGUCUCCCCCAACAUGGUCGAUUACUCGGCUUCGAAAGCCGCCGCGGUCGCUUUCCACGAGGGUCUCGCCGCGGAGUUGGUGACUCGCUACCAGGCGCCUCGCGUCCGCACGGUGCUCGUCACCCAGGGAUUCACGCGCACCGCGCUCAUCGAUAACCUGACUCCUGAGGAUACCUUCCUCAACCCUCUACUCGACCCUGAGACGGUCGCCGAGGGGAUUUUCCGCCAGGUUAUGAGUGGGGAGAGCGGCCAUGUACUGCUACCGGGUGUUACCGGGUCAAUUGCCCAGCGAUUGAGAGGCUAUCCGCUGUGGUUCCAGCAUUGGCUGCGAUGCCGACUUGAGCGGCUGAUGCGAGCCGAGUGA